AUGCUUUCGCUCAUCCCAAACCCUGCUGGGGACCAAACUAACGAUGACUCUGUUGACUCUCCCCGUCGUCUUCUGCGGCCAGACUUGAAGACCAACUUCAGCGGGCCCCCUGCAGUCCCCGUGGCGACGGGGCCAGACGGAUACCUCCAGCAGGGCAGCAUCAGGAUGACCCUGGAGGACCCAGACCUCUGGAAGACCUUCCACGAGAACGGCACCGAGAUGAUCAUCACCAAGCCCGGAAGGAGAAUGUUCCCCCACUGUAAGAUCAACCUCGCAGGCCUGAUCCCCUGUGCCAAGUACAUCCUGCUGGUGGACAUGGUGCCGGAGGACGGCUUCAGAUACAAGUGGAAGGUGGACGACAAAUGGGAGGUGGCGGGCAAAGCGGAGCCGCAGCCUCCAUGCAGGACCUACCUCCACCCUGACUCCCCGGCCCUGGGGAGCCACUGGAUGAAGCAGUCCAUGUCCUUCCUGAAGCUGAAGCUCACCAACAACACGCUGGACCAGCACGGACACAUCAUCCUCCACUCCAUGCACCGCUACCACCCGCGCUUCCACAUCAUCCAGGCGGACGACAUGUUCAGCGUUCGCUGGAGCGUCUUCCAGACUUUCACCUUCCCCGAGACUGCCUUCAUGGCCGUCACCGCCUACCAGAACACCAAGGAGAUCUCUCUCUCCCCAGCAGACUUCAGCCGCUCCUCCUACGAGGGCUACGAGGGCGACGAGGACCUCCUGAAGGGGAAGGCAGAGGCGGGGGGGGGGCCGGCCGCGGUGAAGGAGGAGCGCUACUCCCCCUGGGCCACGGAGAGGGAGGGGGGCCGCACCGAGUCCCCGGGGGGCAACGCCCCCGGAGACAUGUACAACGCGGAGCAGCUUGUGCCCGCGCCCGCGUCCUACCUGCCCUACAGGUUCCACGGUUACGGGAAGUCCCCCUCCCCGACCGCCAGCGUGGCGAGCAGCCACAGCUCCGCCUCCGCGCGGGGGGGGGCCUUCGAGUCCCGGGUCCCGGACGUUGCCACGGUGCCCGACCACGACGCCGCCAAGCCCCGCCCCAACCCCCACCACCCCCUUCACCCCCACCACCACCACGAGACGGGGGCGUCCGUCCCCUGCGGGCCCCCCCUCGGCGCGGCCCCCCAGGACUACCCCGGGGGGGUGCUCAACAUGAGCCUGCCCCCCCAGGUGUCCCACGCCAAGGCCCCGCCCCCGCCCGGCGUGCUGGGCCACCACGCCAUCUACAGCCCGUACGGAGCGGCCUCCGAGCAGAGCCUGGGCCAGUGGGGGGGGCCGGGCCACGCCCAGUACCCCCCCCCGCCGCCGCCGCCCCCCCACCACCUGCCCGCCGAGUACAGCAGCCAGGCCAUGCACCACGGCUAUCACCACGGCAACGUGGCCGAGUGGAGCCAGUACCCGCUCUUCUCGUACUCCUGCUGGUGAACGAGGGUACUGCCUCCGCGCUCUGGGAACCAGAGAGAGACAGAGACACUCUGACCCCCCCACCCACCCCCACCCCCGAGAGGGAGAACUACUUGUCGGGUCUUUUUCCUAACGUUGAGCCCUCCUCUUCCUCUUCCUCCUCCUCCUCUUCCUCCUCCGGGAGGAUGCAUGCCCCAGAAGAGGCCUGGUGACAGCCGGCACGCGCCGAAGAGUCGCACCCGACGAGAAACUGUGGUCUUGGGGGGGAGAGCAGCGAGAGGCGAGGGGGAGGCCUGGAGCAGAACCACAGACUGUCUGCCGCCCGCAGUGGGACUACAUCUCUCAUGAGCCCUUGCUGCAUGGCAAUGCUAUGCUUCGAGUUUUGUGUAAUUGUUCAAUGGUUUAUUUAUUUUGUAUUUGCGUUAAGGCCUUGAGGCUUUGGUUUGAAAAUAUUAUUUUUGUAGAAAGGAAAAGUAAUAAAACAUAAGACGUCUGUGAUGUGGAACCAGUCUUGAAU